AUGGCUUGCUCUGCUGCCUCUACAGCUCUAAUCUCCUCCAACCACCGAGCUUUCUCUUCGAAAUCCGCACGGUCCAUGCCAUCCAUGGCUUCCAUUUCCUCUUCUCUCUCUCCUCAAACCCUAACCAUCCCCAAAUCCUUCAACGGCCUCCGCAAACCUUUCCACUCUGUGCGCGUUCCCAGAUCGAUUUCGCUCUCUCGUGGCUCUCAUUGCAGAAAGAGAUUCGUCGUCAGAGCUUCUAGUGAACUUCCACUUGUUGGAAAUGUGGCUCCUGAUUUUGAGGCGGAGGCGGUUUUCGAUCAGGAAUUUAUCAAGGUCAAACUCUCUGAAUAUAUUGGGAAGAAGUACGUGAUUCUUUUUUUCUAUCCGUUGGACUUCACGUUUGUCUGUCCUACAGAGAUUACUGCUUUCAGCGAUCGCUAUGAGGAAUUCCAGUCACUAAAUACAGAAAUAUUAGGUGUUUCAAUUGACAGUGUGUUUUCGCACCUUGCAUGGGUCCAAACAGAUAGAAAGUCUGGUGGUCUUGGUGAUCUAAAGUAUCCAUUGAUAUCUGAUGUUACCAAACAAAUUUCAAAGUCUUUUGGUGUGCUGAUACCUGAUCAGGGAAUUGCACUGAGAGGACUCUUCAUUAUUGAUAAGGAAGGUGUUAUUCAGCACUCCACCAUUAACAAUCUUGCCAUUGGCAGGAGUGUCGAUGAGACUAAGAGAACGCUUCAGGCCUUGCAAUAUGUGCAGGAGAACCCUGAUGAAGUUUGCCCUGCUGGGUGGAAGCCAGGAGAGAAGUCCAUGAAGCCAGAUCCCAAGCUCAGCAAGGAGUACUUUGCAGCAAUAUAG